GUUUCAUUAAUAAUGCCGCGACCAAGACGAUCGAAUCUUUCCCGACAAAGCAGUAAUGCAAGAAGACUGCAAAAUACUGUAAAUGCAAGAACUGAAGAACAAGAAAGAAUUGCACGUGAACAGCAACGCGAAAGAAUGGCUCGACUUCGUGCUCGAGGUAACAACAUAGAUCAACAAAUAGUUAACUUGCGAUGCAGAAGAAGAAAUUUGAAUCGAGAAGCAUUUCAAUACGAUUGCAGCUAUGAUUAUAGCUUGCAUCCUAGCGUCUGCAUUGGCAAAAUGGACGUAGUUUGCAAGUAUUGUGGUGCAUUGAAGUUUUCCCAAGAAACGCCUGGAUUAUGCUGCCUUAAUGGUAAAGUCAAAUUGCCAUCGUUGACUCCGCCACCUGAACCAUUGUAUUCAUUGCUUUGUGGCGAAACACAAGAAUCACGCCACUUUCUUGCUAAUACUCAAAAAUACAAUGGUUGUUUCCAAAUGACGUCAUUUGGAGCAGAUAUUAUCGAAGAACGAGGAUUUAAUCCGACAUUUAAGAUACAAGGACAAAUUCAUCAUCGAAUUGGAUCAUUACUACCUUUUGAAGAUACACAGAAUAAAUUUUUACAAAUAUAUUUCAUGGGCAACAGGGAAGAACAACUUGAUCGACGACUAGAGAUCAAUGCAGGAAUGAAGCGAGCAAUUCUUCAAGACUUACAGUGUCUGCUUCAUGAACAUCAUGCGUUGGUCUGGUUGUUUAAGAGUGCUUUAGAGCUCAUGCCAAGCGAUGACUAUAAAGUUGUCAUCAGAGCAGAUAAACGACCAUCUGGAACACACGAAAGGACAUUUAAUGCUCCAAUAGUAGACGAAGUUGCCAUCCUGAUUGUUGGUGAACAAUUGGAAAAACGCGAUAUUGUGCUUUCACGUCGCGACACUGGGCAACUGCAACAAAUAUCUGAAACACAUCGAUCAUAUGACUCAUUGCAAUACCCGCUGAUGUUUUGGCAAGGAGAAGAUGGAUAUUAUUUUAAUAUUAAAAUGAAAAAUCCAUUGAAUGGCGAAGAAACUACAAAGAAUGUUAGCUCAAUGAAUUAUUACGCAUAUCGUUUGAUGAUUCGUCAUAAUGCUGACAACUAUUUGCUGCGGUUUCGUCGAUUGUUUCAGCAAUAUUGCGUUGACAUGUAUGUAAAAAUAGAAACGGAACGCUUAAAUUUCAUUAGGUUCAACCAAGCCAAACUGCGUUCUGAGGAGUACAUCCAUUUACGUGAUGCAGUUAGUACUGAAGGAAAUGCAGCUAAUAUUGGCCGAUUAACUAUUCUGCCGGCGACAUACAUUGGUAGCCCACGACAUAUGCAUGAAUAUGCACAAGAUGCAAUGACAUAUGUUCGUCAUUACGGUCGACCAGAUCUUUUCAUAACUUUUACCUGCAACCCAAAAUGGAUAGAAAUUACUGAAUUGCUGCUUCCCGGACAAACAUCAAGUGAUAGGCACGACAUUACAGCACGUAUAUUCAGGCAAAAAAUUCGGUCCCUGAUAAACUUUAUUGUUAAAGAGCGCGUCUUUGGAGAAACUCGAUGCUGGAUGUAUUCAAUCGAAUGGCAAAAGCGAGGCUUGCCACACGCACACAUUCUUAUUUGGUUAGUGGAAAGAAUUCAGCCUGACCAAAUAGAUGAUAUCAUAUGUGCCGAGAUUCCUGAUUAUGAAGUCGAUCCAGACCUACAUGAUGUUGUUACUUCUAAUAUGAUUCAUGGACCGUGUGGUGCCAUCAAUCCCCAAUCACCUUGCAUGGUCGAUGGAAAGUGCUCUAAACGAUAUCCACGGAAAUUAACAGCGGAGACUGUCACUGGCAAUGAUGGUUAUCCGCUGUAUCGUCGUCGAUCACCAGAUGACAACGGUCAAACUGUCACAACGAAAGUGAAAAGAAUGGAUUUCGUUGUUGACAACAGUUGGAUUGUUCCAUAUUCGCCACUCAUUUCUAAAACGUUCAAGACGCAUUGCAACAUUGAAUACUGUAAUUCAGUUAAGUCCAUCAAAUAUAUUUGCAAAUAUGUCACGAAAGGCAGUGAUAUGGCUGUUUUUGGAUUGCAAUCCUCGAAUGACAACGAUGAAAUUUCACGCUAUCAAGUUGGUCGUUAUGUGAACUGUAAUGAAGCGAUUUGGCGUAUAUUCGCAUUUCCCAUUCACGAACGUCAUCCUACUGUUAUGCAUUUGGCGGUGCAUCUGGAGAAUGGUCAACGAGUAUAUUUUACGGCUUCAAAUGCUAUGCAACGUGCUGAAACACCUCCAGCAACUACAUUAACCAGUUUUUUUGCAAUUUGUCAAAGAGAUCAGUUUGCACAAACUUUGCUUUACUCGGAGAUGCCACGUUAUUAUACUUGGAAUGCUUUAUCGAAGAAUUUUCAAAGACGGAAGAAAGGCAAUGCGGUUCCUGGGUAUCCAGAUGUGCGUUCUACUGAAGCUCUUGGUCGAAUGUAUACAGUUCAUCCAAAGAAUAUUGAAUGUUUUAUUUGCGGCUGUUGCUGGUAA